AAAUUUCGCCCGCCAUAGUUCAAUUGAUUUGCACGGAAAUAGUACGAGAGUGAGAUGGACGUGUGAUUCAUGGGUCUUGAUUGUUUUUUACAUAUUAUCACCGAAGUCAUUGUUUUGAAGAAGCUCAAUAAGCCAUCGGAUACGGCACUUGGCAGAGCUUGGCAUCGUAAAAAUAAUAGUGGCGGUCAUAUUUAUUCAAACCCAUCUCUUAUUUAAAUUCCAUUCGCGCUUUCUAUACAUUUAAGUAAGCGCGAAAUGAAGUAUUAUUAUGCGAACGUUCAAACGUCAGUGUGGAUCGUAACUGUAUUAACAUGCUUACAGGGAUUUUUUCCGAUGACAAAAGCAAUGAUAUGCUAUAGGUGCACAGUUUUACCACCGCAGUACGUCGGAGAAGCGGAUCAACCCUGUUCGAAAUUCGACGGCAGUUCAAGAUUUUAUCACGACUGUCCAAUGUCAACAUUUUGUAUGAAACGAAUAAUUCAUUACCAAUUACCGAAUGGAACAAUAAUUACCACUGCUGAGCGAAAUUGUGCAUCUCAAAAAUACAUAUCUCAAGAUUACAAUAAUAACGAAAGGACGUGGCAUAGCAAAGAGUCAGUUGACACUCAAGCUUAUACAGCAGGUUGUUUUAAAGGAGAAAAUAGAGGCACACCAAAUGGACCAUCAGAAUAUUGUUAUUGUUCGUCCAAUUAUUGUAACAGAUCUUCAUCAAUUACUAAUGAUAAAAUGGAACCUCAAGAUAUUUAUUAUAACAAAAGUGAAUAUGUUGAAACGGCAUCUGGAAAUAAAGUUAGCAGACACACUGUCCUAUGUGGUUCACAGAAUAUUGUUUUACAUGGCAAAGUGAUUGUUCAAUCGCAUGCCAUUAUUCGAGGUGAUCUUGCUAAUGUUAAAACCGGACGAUAUUGCAUCAUUGGUAAAAAUGUUGUUAUUCGGCCACCUUUUAAAAGAUUUAGUAGAGGGACCGCGUUUUUCCCACUUCAAAUGGGCGAUCAUGUUUUUGUUGGGGAGCGUGCAAUUGUUAACGCUGCAGUAAUCGGAUCUUAUGUUUAUAUAGGAAAAAAUGCUGUCUUAGGUAGGCGAUGUGUAUUAAAAAGCUGUUGUUAUAUUGAAGACGAUGCAGUGGUUCCUCCAGAAACUGUUGUUCCUUCGUUUACCAGAUUUGCUGGUAACCCAGCUAAGUGUGUUGAAGAUCUACCAGAAUGUACUUUAGAUUUAAUGCUAGAUUUUACAAAAAAUUAUUAUCAACAUUUUCUACCAGCUAAAACAUCAUAAUAAUUAAAUUAAAA